GACCGUGAGCACAAAAUAUGCACUUCCACCACUAGCUGCAACUGCAGUAAACGCGCUAGUGUAUUGUAUUUCUAUUGUAGUGGGGAGGAAUUUGUACUUUUAUUACGUCUUUACGCGUGAAAUCAGCAACCCAACGGAACGAAAAGGCUAUUUUAUGGUUAUAAAACUUCAAAAGUCUAUGCAGAAGCAAAUUCGAACAUAUUCCAAAUACGGGGUUGAAAAAAGAAACAAAACUCCCCGCUCGCCUUUCACGCCUAUGUAUUCGACAACAGAAUCAGCGCCACCUGGCGGCCAAACGGCGCAGUGUGUGAAUGUAAAUAAAAUCUCACGCCACUCAAAAAUUCGUUAACAAAAACAAUAGAAUAGGAACAACAAAAGCAAAGCAAUAAAUUAUAACAAAUUCAAAGACAACCAAAUUUAGAUAACUCGUAUAUAUGCAAGCAGAGAUAGAGACCGCGAGUGCCAGGGCGAACGACAAUCCCCGCAGCCGAGGAAAACGAAGACAAAGACGGCAACAGCAACAGCAACGGCAACGGAUGCAGAGACGGACGAGAGCCGGCGGAGAAGGAAGGCCAUGGAUGACUACGACAUCGAUAUCGAUCUAAAUUUCGUGCAACUGAGCCGCCAGCAACUGCUGCAGCGCUACAGCAGUGCCGUGCGCCAGCUGCGUCGCCUGGCCGAGGCCCACCGCGAGGUGCGACCCCUGUCCUUCGACAGUUACGUGCUGUUCCAGUACUUUCAUCAGCGCAACUGGCGACAGCGAAAUGUCGGCGGGGGCGGCGGCGGAGGCGCUGUCAGUGCAACGUUGGUACCGCCGCCGCAACUGAUGGCCUACCUCAAGCUGGAGGUGCUGCACCAUUUGCUGGACCGCCGGCGCCAGAUCCUCUGCUGGCUCUUCUACCUUACGCUCGUGUCGCUGUGCGUGGCCGCGUACCGCUACGAGGCAUCGGGCGGUGGCAGCGAGCGCGUUGUCCAGUCGACGGUGUAUCCCGGGAUGCGGAUGUGGCGGCGCAUGACCAUGCCGCUGAUCCAGCGCUUUCCUCGGCUCACCGAGCUCUACGACGAGUCCUGUCUGAUGGGCAAUCCCUUUUUCCAGAUGGAGGACCUCAGCUGCGGCCCCUGCGCCAAUGUGGAGAGCGUCUGGUUUGAGAGCGAUGAGUGCGCCCAGCUGCAUGCCACCGUCAGUGGCAGUGUCAGCGGCAGCGACAGCGACAGAGACAGUGACAACGGCUUGUCCCUGCUUCAGAAGUGCCGCCAGACGAUAGCCGAGGGGGACAGUGUGCCGUUUGCGUUCAAGAGCCAGCAGGAUGCCAUGGAUCUGAGCGACUUCUACAACAUCUAUGCCAGCAACCACGUGAUCUUCCAGCGCGAUGCUUACCGGGUGCACUCCACCAACCAGGGUGUCCACAAUCUCGAGGAUCUCUUCGGCCAGUUCAACAGCAGCAACAGUGGCAGUGGCAGCAGCGACAUGAACACAAAAGCCGAUCCACCCCCCCCUCCAGAGCCGAUCUCUGCUCGUCCUCCCAUUUCCGAGUCCCUCUCUCCGGCUCGUUGGGUACUGCUAGAGGGGUGCUGCUCCACAUCCCAGCGCCAUACACAUUUAAAUGCAUAA